AUGUACGUCGGAAGAGAGUGCCUCGGAGAAUAUACAAAAUUACUGAAUAAAACUCUAUUUUGCAGGGCGGGACUCAACUAAUGGUUUUCGUCGCCACCUUCUCGAUCAACGGCGGUUCAGGGACCGUUCACGAGUUCCCGAACUGGGCACUCAAGCCUGAAGGACACGCCGAUUGUGAGUAG